AUGAUAUCUACUCCAACAUCACCAUCUGGAAUCUCAUUACAAAGUCGUAUCGCAAAUUUAAAUAUAUCUAGUCCGCCUAUGCAUUCUAGACGCUUUAGUCCUUAUGGAAGUGUUAGUAUUCCAGGCAGUCCCCGAAUGAUGCCCAGCGGGCUGGGUAAUGGACGAACUGGUUUUAAUGGAAAUAAUGCUUACUCGGAAGGAGAUGAAUGGCAAUUUCAAAAUGUUGGGAUACAACCAUUAAUGUCACAUAAUAUAGAAGAAGCAACAGUUCAAUCACAUUCAAUUAUGAUGAUGGAACAAGCGACCACACAACAACAAUCACAAGAAAUGUUCGGACAACAACAACCAUCAUCAGCUCCGCCCACCACAACAGAAUUUGAUCAAGCAUUCCAACAACCGCCAUCAUCAGCCCCACCCAUGACCACCGAAUUUGUAGAUUAUGAUUUCAUUAAUCCUAUGAAUUUAAUGUCCAUAGGCCCCGAUAUGAUGAGAUUGAGUGUUUCUGAUACAGAUGAAGCACAAAAUGUAUUGCUUAAACAAGAAUCAGAUAAUGAGAAUAAAGUUGAAAGGCAAUCGAAUGGUUCACUAUUAUCAAAUGAAACCGUAACUGGAAUUCUUACACAACAAACAUUGGGAUUUGAUUUUAAUUCACAACAUCAAUUACAAGAUGAACAUAUGAUGUUAAAAUCUGACGAUUUCCUCAAUUAUACAUCUGUAGCUCCACAACAUUUACCGAUGCAAUUAGAACUUCAACAAGAUGGAAUGGCGUUUAGUAGAUGGUAA